UGCUGGUCUCACAUCAUUUCACAAGCAAGGAAGUCUGGCUUAUAAGCAGAGGGAGAGAAAAGGAGCAUUGAGAAGAGAGGAAAGCAAGAGCGGCAAGUACCGAACGAUCCGGGAUCGGAGAAGAAAAUCGCCAUGAAGCUAUUUUGCGUUUUGCUUUUCCUGAACGGCUUCACCGCCGCCAUCUGUCUGGAAACCUCAGACAGACAAGAGUUCGCCACCGUUCCUCCCCAGGCGUUCACCACAGCGCCGACCCCGACUGAGGCCAAGUCCCGCUUCGCCAUGCUGGACGACGUUCGCCUCCUGGCGAACGGCCUCCUCCAGCUGGGGCAGAGCCUACGGGAGUUCGUCCAGAAGACCAAGUCCCAGAUCAACGACAUCUUCCAAAAGCUGAACAUCUUCGACCGCUCCUUCUACCAGCUCUCGGUGGUCACGUCGGAGAUUAAGGAGGAAGAGGAAGAGCUGAAGAAGACCACCAGUUUCUUGAAGGCCAACAACGAGGAAAUCAAGAACCUGUCGCUGGAAAUCAACUCCAAGAUCAACAACAUCCUGCAGGAGCGUACCCAGCUGCAGAGCAAAGUGGGGAGCCUCGAGGAGAGGCUGAAAGGCUUGUCACAGAGCAUGAUUCCUGCUGACCAGCUCAGUGAAAUCACAACGCUAAAGGAAGUAAUCCAAGCUCAAGAGAAAACGAUCACCAGUCUUCUGGACGCUGUGAGGGAGCAGCAUGAUCAGCUCGAUCACCAGAAAGUCAAGAUUAAGAACCUGGAGGAAAAGCUCAGCUACGACGCUUUUCAAGACACGGUUGAUAAGCCGUCGGAUCCUGACCACGCCGCUGCCGACAUGUUCGAAUAUCUGACGGAAAACUCAACCGGCCGGGAUGCAAAUUACUUCCCCAUGGACUGUAGUGAGUUGUUUAACAGAGGAGAGGCAAACAGUGGGAUCUAUGUGAUCAAGCCAAACCAAUCAGAGCCAUUCAACGUUUACUGUGAAAUGGGUUCAGAUGGGGGUUCAACUGUCAUCCAGCGCAGGGUUGACGGUUCAGUGGAUUUUGACCAGACAUGGGAAAAGUACGGAAAAGGUUUUGGAGAUCUGGAAAAGGAGUUCUGGCUGGGCCUGAAGAAGAUCCACAGCCUCACACAACAAGGGGUUUACAUCCUACGCGUCGACGUGGAGGACUGGAAGGAGGAAAAACACUGGGCUGAGUACCGCUUCUCGCUGGACGGUCCCUCUAAGGACUACACGCUGCACGUCAGCCACUUCUCGGGCGACCUGCCUGACGCCAUGGCCAACAGCACCGGCAUGAGAUUCACCACGAGAGGCAGAAAUAACGACAACCAGCAAAGCUCCAGCUGCUCCCGGAAUUACACAGGUGGCUGGUGGCUCAGUGCUUGCGGCGAAACCAACCUCAAUGGAAGGUACUUGUGGCUUAAGGCGAAGGGACGGUCCGUGAGAAGGAAAGGCAUUUACUGGAAGCCCGGCACAGGGUCCUCCUACCACCUCAAGAUGACCAAAAUCACCAUACGUCAGGUCCCACCAGCCGACGGCUCCAACUGAACCCAGCGGCUCAUUGCUUUUCAUACAUUUCUCAGAUGCAUUGAUCGACAAAGGGUUCCAUAUAAAGAAGAAGCAAAGUAAUGCAGGCUUUACGUCCACAUCAAAUGUAUCUGCAAUGUUAAGACGAUCGCUUCCUAGCACCAUUUGUUCAGGGGUUGGUGUUGUCCAAUAGACAGCAGGCCAAAAAAAAAAAAAAAAAUCAGAAGUCAGAAAAUGCUUAAGUCAGAAAACUGAUGCAAUGAUGCAACCGUGACAUGUAGGUUGUUAACCUUCUGGGUCUGAUCCAGCGAGGACAGUAAAAAUGGCAUUAUGCAACGCCUGCAAUCACUUGCUAAACAGACAUAUUGAUCCAAUUCAGCAAAGCGAUUCAGUGGCAGCUGCAAAAUGCCACAGUACUGUAGCAGAACUAGGCAGAGAUUAGAAACGCUAAAACUGAGAUAACUUAACCACCUUUUAAGUGACAGUACAUUUACAUGACAGCUUCGGUGUCCGCUGAGAUAUUUUAAACUGUAUUUUAUAAUUGUGAUGUGAACCCGCAUGUUACCAGGAACAACAGUCAUAACUACAAAAAAUGUUAGUUCAUGAAGCAUGCAAAUUUAUAUCAGUCAGGGCUCAAGAGAUACACUGCAUCGCCGAUAUCGGAUAGAUCACCAUACUGCUACCAUUUUUGUCUAGUGAAGCUUUCUACAUUAUUUUCCUGGUAUUUAAGAUGGAAAAUUCCUCAUUUCAUGGACAAAAAAAACUAUAAAGUGGUACCAUUUCAGCAGUCUUGGUGCAAAGCUUUGGCCGUGCACUGUUGAGUUCUUCCUCUGUCUGUUCUGUGUUUUGUUUUUCUAUUCUGUAAAGUAUUUAAACCAGGCUCAUGCUACUAUAUGAUGUACGCUGGUAUUUUUGCGAAACAUAAUUUCUGUGUAUUUCCUAUGUUACUGAGUCAUAUUGACUUUUUUUUUUCCAUUACCACAACAUAACUCGCUGUGUUGUACAUGCGUCUCAUGCUAACAAGUCAUUGUGGAAAUUAGCUCCAUGUGCUAACGAACCAUAUUUAUGAAGAUGAAAUAAAUCAACAUCUGUCCAACAUAA